GAACUUUUAAAAAUGCGAUUAUAGAAAAUUUUGUAUAAAUAUUAGAAACAUAACGAAUUUGCAUAAACGAGUCUGAAAAUAUUUUAUUGGGUAAUAUUAAAAAUAUAAGAAUUAUUGACUUUCAUACUGCACGUUGAACUUCGUCUAUUUCAUCUUACCGAGCAUAUUCUGAUCUGAGUCGAUUUAUUGAUUGAAAGACUCAAACGUUAUCAAGCAUGAAAUUUUUUUGUUGAUCGUUCGGUUGGCAUAGUUACUGUGUCCGAACCACGUGAGUCACGUUCUAUUUGCUUGUAUCAGCGGAGAUUGACUUCGCGUUUUUCGUUGGAUCUCGUUGUCUUCUCCGAUGAUCUUUAGCUCAUUAUGGCGAAUCCAAAUGAGACGAAGAUCAUCUGCGAAUGUCGGUAUAUUCCUGAAGAAGAGAGUAUACGAGAGACAUCAGAUAGAUUUAAUAACAUUCACGAGUUCGACGAGGAAGAGAGCGAGACUGAAGCAACAUUAGAAUUGGAAUGGAUAGAUCCUUCCGCUUCAGAUGAGAAAGGCAAUGAAGACACAAUGAAGACUAAGGAGACAUUAGACGACGAGUCCACGUACAAAGACGAAUCCUUUUGUUCCGAUGAAUCCUGUGACGAGUCCGAGAUCACCAACGUUACCUCGGGAUCGCUAAACUCUUCCUCUCUGUUCCGCGUCAGUGAUCUUCAGUUCAGCCAAAGUUCGAAGCAACAGGACACUGCAGUUAACGAGUCAACGUGGAGAGAAAAUCAGGAUGAAUCCUAUUCGCUUAACAACGAAUCACGUCGCGUGACCACGACAGAUAAGAACAAUUUUGCCAAAUCGAGAAAGAGCAAACGCUGGAAUAUGACUUUUACAGAUGAAGAAAUGCGCAGAAUCGAGCGGGAAAACGAACUACUGCUGAGAAAGAUUAUGGCGCAACAGAAACCCCGGCACAAGAUCUUAAAUGAAGGCGCCGUUCAAUCCAGGACUAGCAGCUCUGCGAUAAACAGGAAGAAAUUGCAAAAGAAAAUAGAAAACGAUAACAUGCUGCUCCUCAGAAGAAUACAACAGGCGAAGUCAUGCGUUUUCGCGAAUGCAUCAAAAAUGGGUUGUAGAUUGACUUUUUUAUAAAAAUUUUUAUAUCGACUAAAAUUUUGUAUUACAUUAUUAGAAAACAAAAUCAAUGGCACAUACAUUUGCUGACUGAAAUUUAAUAAAUUGACAUUAUCCGUAAAAAAGUAACGGGAUAUAAAUUGUGGAAUUAUGAAAGUUUUUAUAUACAUAAGAAUGAAAUAUAUCAGCAUUUAUAUAGAAGAAUUGCAAUUUCGAGAUAAUCUCUGAAGAAAAAUUCAUACUUUCCCCGAAUACAAAAUACAUUGUUAUGCAUUUUUAUGACUUCUUUAUUAAAACACAACGAUUACCAGUCUUGAAGAAUAGGUACAUAUUUCUUUCGCUUCAUACUUUGUGUAUACGGCGUAAUCUUGUAAACUUGUCUCUUGAAAAUUUCUUUGAAGAUAUCUCUACAAGUCAAGACUAUAAAAAAUCACAGUUCUCACUCAUCUCAAAUAACUUAAUUAUCACUCAUAAUAUCAAGAUCGGGACUCUCGAAUAUUGCGAUAGUUCUUUCUUUCAUUUUUUCCUCCCUGCAUAUAUAUACACGGAUAAUAUCGUAAGAGAAGAGAAAAGGUAUAUUAUGUGUCAAGGAGCAAAUUAUAAAUUUCCAUGAUACAAUUAUUCCUUUAAAUUAAUACGUGCUGUGAUUAUAAUAUGAAAUUGUAUUUUCUUUUCCACCUGUUUAUAUUGAUUUUGUAAUUCCAUAUGUACUAUUUCCAUUUUAUUGUUAAUCGCGAUCACUCAUGUUCACUCUUUGUAACAAACCAAACCAAAACAAAUCAAAAGCAAACCAAAAACAAAACUAAAAAUAAAAGAAAAUAUUCGAUUAUCCUGCAUCGCAAGUAAUUUAAAGUAUCUUAUCGGUUGCUUUAAAUAACAAAAUACAAAAUAAGAAAAUGUAAUAUC